UUAGAGUCCAUUUUUCUCUUCUUUAGCAGCAGCUAUGGAUUGGAGCAACAUAGUAAAACAACAACCGCCGCCGCCACAACAACCGCCGCAAACCACCACUACUCCGGCCACCGUUACGGCGGCGGCGGCAGGUAAUGGAGUUUUGGUAGGGAGUUGUAAGUCGACUAAAGGGAUAGCGGUGGCGGUGGUAGAUGCAAAUGCUAUAAUAAAAGGGGCAGAUAAUAAACUGAAUCAUUCUGCUGAUCGCUUUGUUUCAGUACCUGAAGUUUUGUCUGAGAUACGUGAUGUUAAUUCAAGGCAUUCGCUUCAUUUUUUGCCCUUUACUGUUGAUACCUUGGAGCCUGAACCUGAUUCUCUCAAGAAAGUUAUCAGCUUUGCAAGGGCUACUGGUGAUUUGCAAACACUUUCCGAUGUGGAUCUCAAGCUCAUUGCUUUAACUUACACUUUAGAGGCUCAAUUUCAUGGAACUCAACAUCUCCGAGAUUGCCCUCCACCUAUUCACAUGGUUAAUGUGAAAAGGUUGCCAGAAAAAGACUUGCCUGGAUGGGGCAAAAACGUCCCUAAUCCAGAAGAAUGGGAAGCAAUAGAACAUGCACUUGAUAAUGGAGCAAACACCACCUCUAGAAUUCUUCCCUUGAAAGAUUUGAGCUUGAACGUUAUUCCUCUCGAUCAACAAAGUAGUAGAGAUGGUGGUGAUUCUCGUUCUGAGGAUCAGAUGGAUGCCGAUGAUGGCUUCGGGAAACCUAGAAAGUACUUGCCACAGAAAAAAGAGGUGAAAAUUGAAGGUAAGAAGAAUGUUGCUGAUGGAAUUGAUGCAUCACAGGGACAACAUGACGAUGGUCAUGGUGAUGAUUGGCUACCCGCUGUAAGCAGAAGUACUCAUAGGAGAUUUCUUAGACGAAAAGCUAGACGUGAAAUGUCUGAAACAUCAUCUAAAAUGGAUGAUUUAGAAGAUGCAACUGAAAAUACAGUAAACGAAAACCUUGACAGCUGUCAAUGCGAUGAUACAGAAACUCCCAAGGCGAAUGCAGAGGAUGGUGAGGUUUCUGAAGCAAGAGAUGGUGAAGAAAAUUUGUCUACGAUUUUGAGUCAAAUGAGGAUUGAAGAAGAAGAUUCUGCAAAAGCUCUACAAGAAGAUGCAGAUGUUAACAUUUCCACUGAGGGGCCUGAAUUAAAUGACGAUAAGCAAGUUGGUAAAGAAUUUGAAGAAGAUGAAGGGGAGAAUGGAGCAGUGGAAGAUGCAGAGAUGGCCAGCCAGAUGGAUGAGAGCGUUGAAACAUCGUUUGUGGAUGAUAGCAGCAGCGAACAGAGUUGGAUGCUAAAAUCCUUGUCUGAGUCAAGCGUGGCCUGUGUGACAGGUGAUUUUGCGAUGCAAAAUGUAAUUCUUCAAAUGGGUUUACGCCUUGUGGCGCCUGGAGGAAUGCAGAUUCGUGAGCUUCACAGGUGGGUGCUGAAAUGCCACGCCUGCUCUAAAGUGACAACAGAUGUUGGUAGGAUUUUCUGUCCCAAUUGUGGAAAUGGAGGCACUUUACGCAAGGUAGCAGUGACUGUUGGUGAAAAUGGUAUUGUUAUUGCAGCACGCAGACCGCGUAUAUCAUUGCGAGGGACAAAGUUUUCCCUGCCUUUACCUCAAGGGGGUAGAGAUGCUGUUACCAAGAACCCGAUAUUACGUGAGGACCAGCUUCCACAGAAGUUUCUUUACCCUAAAACAAAGAAGAAGAACAAGGGGGACGACAUAUUUACUCCGGACACUAUUUUUCUCAAUCAUACUAGUAAGAAGGCUCCUCUGCAGCCCCCUGUUCGCAAGGCGUUAGCUGUUUUCAGCGGGAAGAGGAACCCUAAUGACAAUCAUUAUUCUCGCGCUAAGCAUUAGUUUGAAAUUUUGAAAUAGCCACUCUUGUAGUUUAAAAUUUUUGUACGAGCGAACUGGGUUUUUUAUAUGAGUACGUGUUAUAGAUUAUUGUUGAAGCUGUGAAGAUUGUGUGUCGCCAAAUCCUACAGUACAGAUUUUUUUGACUUGUUUAUGGAUUGUCUCAGUAACAUGGGAUACUGUUUGAUUACAAAUGAAAUUGAGUUUCUGCAA